UUGAGUUCAUAAACUCAAUCGGAUAUUCAACUUUUACAAUAUCCAUGGCUUGUUCUUCCUGUCACUUGUUCUCGCACCCUUUCACUUGUAUCAAUGAUAAUCUUGUAAAGAACAGCAGAAUUCCGGAAAAACCCACAAAUUUUGUAGCAUUUAAUAGCAAACCCAGAUUGAAUUCGGCAGUAUCCACAGCAAAAAUUACAGGAAAUGUUCAAGAAUUUGAGGAAGCCAAAGAAAGACCCAAAUUUAGAUGGGUGGAGAUAAACCCAGGUAGCAUUACAGAAUCACAAAAACUUACGAUUUCUCAAUUACCCAGAAAAAUGGAGAGAAGAUGUAAGGCUUUAAUGAGACAGAUUAUCUGUUUUUCUCCUCAAAAGGGUAGUUUGUCUGAGUUACUGAGUGCUUGGGUAAAGAUUAUGAAGCCUAGAAGAGCUGAUUGGCUUGCUGUUCUUAAGGAAUUAAGCUAUAUCGAUCAUCCCUUUUUUAUGCAGGUAUCUGAACUUGCGCUUUUGGAUGAAUCGUUUGAAGCCAACAUUCGCGAUUAUACCAAGAUGAUUCAUCUGUAUGCCAAGCAUGACCGACUUCAAGAUGCCGCAAAUUUGCUCCUGGAAAUGAGUGAGAGAGGCCUAACGUGUGACCAGGUUACAUUGACGACUAUUACUCACAUGUACAGCAAAGCUGGCCAUUUUAAGCUGGCUGAAGAAACAUUUGAAGAAAUGAAGCUUCUCGGUCAGCCAUUAGAUAAAAGAUCAUAUGGUGCAAUGAUCAUGGCCUAUAUCAGGGCUGGAAUGCCGGAUAAAGGAGAAGCUUUAAUCAAGGAAAUGGAGCAGCAGGAGAUCUAUGCGGGUAGGGAAGUGUACAAGUCAUUGUUAAGGACUUACUCCAUGCAAGGUGAUUGUGAUGGUGCACAGAGGGUGUUUGAUGCAAUCCAAGUUGCUGGCGUUUGUCCCGACAUCAAGUUUUGUGGGCUCCUCAUAAAUGCGUAUGUUGAGGCGGGUCAAAGUCAAAAAGCCCGUGUGGCAUUCGAUAAUAUGAAAAAGGCCGGUAUAGAACCUAAUGAUAAGAGUAUUGCUCUUCUGUUAUCUGCUUAUGAAAAAGAGAAAAGGAUUAACACAGCCAUGGAGUUCCUAAUACAUUUAGAGAAGGAAGGAAUAAUGAUCGGUAAAGAAGCUUCUGAAUUGUUGGUUAAUUGGUUUCGCAAGCUAGGAGUAGCGGAGGAGGUGUCGCACGUAUUGAAAGAGUAUGCGGGCAAUGAAACCACUUUUUGAAAACCCGUUAUGUAGUGGUGGUCUGUGGUUAUUCAGUAGAUACCCGCAACUGUUAGACUUGCAGCAGUGAUGCCGAAUGGUAAAUUCUGAAUUCGCUUAUCCGAUUGAUUAUUCACAAGCUUUUUACACAUUAAGUUUUACACCCACCCCCAAAAUAGUAGGUCCAUACACAAGCUCUAUGUCAUCGUCAUCGUCAUUGUCUCGGGAGGAAAGGAAGGCAACAACUCAUAUCUAUAAAGGAAAGUGCGGUCAAAGCGUUCUUCGGCUCGAGAAAGAUGCAUAGAUGAAACCUUAGAAAAAACCCCAGUAGUCAAAAACAUAUAAAUUAAUAAAUAUGCAAUUUGGGGUGACUACGUGUAGAAAUCCGAGGUUAGUGUCAACUGCGUUCUGUUAUAUCAAUGGAUAUAGAUUCAGGGUUUUACUGAGACUGUUUGGGGUGACGACAUGGGUGUUUUUGCGUAUUACAGGACCAAGUAGGAUGGUUUUUGGAAAGAAGAAGCCAUGCUUGAAUUCUGAAGUUUAUGGAGUGGACUGGGUUAGGCAUCACCUAUGAUAGAGCAAGCAACUCUGCACAGUGCUUGGAUUAUGUAAUUUACUGCUCUGCACUGCCUCGUAGCUGCUUCCAAAACUUAAAAGAAAGUUUCCUGUAGUCCAUACAUUGUGACGGGUUGAUCAGUUCUCGUAAACUUGAAGAACGCUCUAAAUGUUUCAGUUCAAUCUCGUUCAUUGAAAUCAAAUGGUUGUGGUGUGGUAGCGUGUAAAUACUUGAGAAGUUAGUUCCAUCUCGUUCAAUAUCACUUUUCUCGCUUUUCUCCGUUGAUUUAUUUAUUCGGAAUGUAAGUUGAAUUAUGCAAUGGAUUUGACGUUAUUCAAAUUCUGGGACUAUAGAUUCAAGUUCUUGAGCUCGAGGUUAAGAGUUGAAUCCCCAACCAAGCGAAUCGAGUUCUUUUUCACUUCAAAAAAGGGUUCUUCUAGACAUUUUUGAUUGCUAAUAAUACUGUUAUUUAUUUCUUUAUAAAAGAAAAGCGUAACAAAGAAGGAAGAAUAGUAUACUACAUACUUGGUACCAAAUAAUAGUAUAAGCUCUAUAACACAUUUGAAAAAUCUCGUUAUUUUUCCUGCUGGAAAACAAAUCUUUAAUAUAUUAGACGUCUCAAUAACAAAUAUUCUCCUCAUUUCGAAUUUGCUAUCAGAGAAAAGCUAGCAAACAAAUCACCC